GUCUUCGGAAAGUGGAAGAGAAAAGCCCGCAAAGACAACGAACAAAUAGCGGGAAACUUCGAACUCCAGCGAAACAAAUUUGUUCGCACACAUCGCGGUCAAUAUCGCCAGCCGCCACCCCACCCCCCAUCAUCAUCUCCCAUUCCGCCGGCUAGGGUUCCGUCAGGAUUCCUGGCAGUCUCGACAUAGUCCGGCAAUGGAGGAGGUUAGGGCGAGCUCCGCUUGGGUCGCCAGCCGCGCUUCUCACGUCGUCGUUGACUCCUCAGGGAUCGAGAAGGUCAUGGAGACCAUCGAGGGGUCGAUUCCGAAGGUGGAGUGGGAUUUUGAGGGGAUUCACUACUUCGACGGCGGGCCCCUCACCGUUCAGUACCUGUUCGUGUUGGAUGCUCUGAAUUUUUGCUUUUGGCCCGACAAGGAUCUCAGUUAUGAUCAUCUGGCUUCGGGCCUAAAGGAUGCGCUGCUUAAUGAUGAAUCCGCCUUCGAUGCUGAUCGUCUGCAGAAGUACACUGGCCCUCAGUUACGGGAGCUGUUGAAAUGGCCAAGACCGCUGCCUUUAGAGGAUGAACGCUUACGCCUAUUACAUGAGGUUGGAGUUGAAUUGGAGAGGAGUUUUGGUGGUAAAGCAUCCAAUCUCGUGGAGUCCUCUGGAAAAUCAGCUGUGAAGCUUGUAGCUCUUGUUACUCGUCACUUUCCUGGCUUUCGAGACCAUUCAAUUUACAAAGGGCACCAAAUAUUCCUCUACAAAAGAGCUCAGAUUUUCGCAGCAGAUUUAUGGGGUGCAUUUAAGGGUCAAGGCUAUGGAGAACUUCAUGAUAUUGGCGCAAUAACCAUAUUCGCAGACUAUAUUGUUCCGGCAGUGCUUAGACAGCUCGGGGUCCUGAAAUAUAGUUCAGCACUUGCUAGCACCAUCGAGGCCAAUAGUGAGAUAGCUUCGGGCAGUGAAGAGGAAGUUGAAUUGCGUGCUUGCUCUGUAUAUGCUGUAGAGAAGAUGAGGGAGCUGCUCAGCAAGAAAUUAGGAAAGCAGGUGCUGAGUGUGGAAUUAGAUCUAUGGCUCUGGUCUUGCGGCAUCCAGUGCCCAUCGCUGCAACAUCAUCGUACGCUGUCCAUAUACUACUAAUGGAGAAGAAAUUUUAGUAGCUUCUUAUACUUUUGGAAAUGCGAUAAUGAGUAGAUGGCAUUUCCUAGGUAGUUUCUUUGGACAUGUGAGAAGGCAGUUCAGCAAACUUUUUCUUUUUUUAUUUAUUUUUUAUUUUUUUUAUCUUUGCUUAUUUAUAAAAAGGUUGCUUCAACCUUCAACCUGUCAGUUUAUCAGUUUUUCCUAAUUCCCCUACUAGAUCAUGUUAUUCUUUUAAAUGCCAUCGGGUCUUUUCUGAUUAAGCAAUA